AGGAGAGGGGUGGGGCUAAGGCCGGUCAGUCAGGCUUUGGGAAGCCGGGAAGAAAUUGUCUCCCGGCCGUGAGAAACACGGGAGGUAAUAGGGGGGGCAACGGCGGUGCUGGGGUCGCCCCCGCCUUGUGAUUGACAGCCCGGACUUUCCACCCGGGCGGUGAAGUCAGAGCAGGGAAUGUAUGACAACAUGUCCACAAUGGUGUAUCUAAAAGAAGACAAAUUGGAAAAGCUCACUCAGGAUGAGAUUAUUUCCAAGACUAAACAAGUGAUUCAAGGCCUAGAAGCCUUGAAGAAUGAGCACAAUUCCAUCUUACAGAGUUUACUUGAGACACUAAAAUGUUUGAAGAAAGAUGACGAGACCAACCUGGUGGAAGAAAAAUCAAAUAUGAUUCGGAAGUCUUUGGAAAUGCUAGAAUUGGGACUAAGUGAAGCUCAGGUGAUGAUGGCUUUGUCAAAUCAUCUAAAUGCUGUAGAAUCAGAGAAGCAGAAAUUACGUGCCCAAGUUCGUAGGCUAUGCCAAGAAAACCAGUGGCUAAGAGAUGAACUCGCUAAUACCCAGCAGAAAUUGCAAAAAAGUGAACAGUCUGUGGCUCAGCUGGAAGAAGAAAAGAAGCACCUUGAAUUCAUGAAUCAGUUAAAAAAAUACGAUGAUGAUAUAUCACCUUCAGAGGACAAAGACGCAGAUUCUGCCAAAGAACCAUUGGAUGAUUUAUUCCCCAAUGAUGAAGAUGACCAAGGACAAGGAAUUCAACAGCCACAUAGCAGCGCAGCAGCAGCUGCCCAACAAGGUGGUUAUGAGAUUCCAGCAAGAUUAAGGACCCUCCAUAAUCUUGUCAUUCAGUAUGCUUCCCAAGGUAGAUAUGAGGUUGCAGUACCACUUUGUAAGCAAGCUCUCGAAGACCUUGAAAAGACUUCAGGCCAUGAUCACCCGGAUGUUGCCACUAUGUUGAACAUACUUGCAUUAGUAUACAGGGACCAGAAUAAAUAUAAAGAUGCAGCAAAUUUACUGAAUGAUGCCCUGGCCAUUCGUGAAAAGACCUUAGGCAAAGAUCAUCCUGCGGUUGCAGCAACUUUAAAUAAUCUUGCUGUACUUUAUGGGAAAAGAGGAAAAUACAAGGAAGCUGAACCUUUAUGUAAGAGAGCUUUGGAAAUCAGAGAAAAGGUGCUGGGAAAAGACCAUCCAGAUGUUGCCAAACAGUUAAAUAAUCUGGCAUUACUAUGUCAGAACCAGGGCAAAUAUGAAGAAGUAGAAUACUACUAUCAGCGGGCACUUGAGAUCUACCAAACAAAACUGGGGCCAGAUGAUCCAAAUGUAGCAAAAACAAAGAAUAAUUUGGCAUCCUGCUAUUUGAAACAAGGGAAAUUUAAGCAAGCAGAAACUUUGUACAAAGAGAUUCUUACUCGUGCCCAUGAAAGAGAAUUUGGCUCCGUGGAUGAUGAAAACAAACCAAUUUGGAUGCACGCUGAGGAGAGAGAAGAAUGCAAGGGAAAACAAAAAGACGGCAUGACAUUUGGUGAAUAUGGAGGCUGGUACAAAGCUUGCAAAGUUGACAGUCCAACAGUUACAACUACUUUAAAGAAUCUUGGAGCACUUUAUAGACGUCAAGGCAAAUUUGAAGCUGCUGAAACACUAGAAGAGGCAGCAAUGAGAUCCCGUAAACAGGGACUUGAUAAUGUUCACAAACAAAAAGUUGCUGAAGUACUUAAUGAUCCAGAAAGUAUAGAGAGAAGGCAAAGCCGUGAGAGCCUUAAUAUUGAUGUGGUAAAGUAUGAGAGUGGACCUGAUGGAGGAGAGGAAGUGAGUAUGAGCUUAGAAUGGAAUGGGGAUGGCACUGGAUCAUUAAAACGCAGUGGUUCCUUUAGCAAACUUCGUGCUUCAAUUAGACGCAGCAGCGAGAAGCUGGUUAGAAAACUGAAGGGAGGAAGUUCACGAGAAAGUCCUGGCAUGAAGCGUGCCAGUUCAAUGAAUAUUCUUAACGUGGGUGGCAAAACAACUGAAGAUCAUUUUCAAGGACGAACUAAUUGUCUGACAGAUUCAAGAGCUAAGAGUGUCAGUCACACUGAUUUGGCCCACUGAGGUUCUGGAACAGAUGCUAGCUAAAAUAUUCGUAUGAAUCAUGAAGCACUGAGAUUCAGAGGUUUUGGGGGUCCCCAUUAUGAUCUUUUUAGCACUUUCUAGGUUAAAGACAUAAGAGAAUGGACUAUUUCUAGGCUCUCUUAAAAUAACUGGCAUUUUAAAGAAUCCUAGCGUUAGCAAUUAGCUUCUUUCUGAAGCAUGCUGAGUUUGUUGCAUUGUUACUAGCAAAUUGGAGUUUGUUACAGAUAGCUGUAUAGCAGUAUUCAUAAGCAGAGGAAAAUAUGCCCACAGAAAGGAACUGAAAUACAAAAAAUGCAAAAGCUUUCCUCAACAUGCUGUUUUAAAACUGUUACAGGAACAUCCAUUUUUAACUAUGUAAGCAUCUGCUAGAAUGAGAUUUACAUUAAGUUCAUCGCUGUAAGGAAUAAGGACUUUGUACACAUUAUAUAUAGAUUACAGAUAUGAAAAUCGUCAUGUAGCUUAUGACAUUCAGGUUUGAAAUCAAGAAGGCACGAUACUGGUUAAUUGGAAUGGAAUAACUUUGACACCUCUUGAAAAUGACAAUAGCCAAUUUAUUGUGGCUUUCUUCAGUCUAAAAAAUAAUGAAAGUGGUGCAAUUUACUUUAACCUGGAAGAGAAAAGCAGAAUAAGCUAAACCCAUCAGGUUUUCAGUCUUCAUUUCAAUCCCACAGAAUACUCCUUUUUUUCCUCAGUCCAGAAUUGUAAGAAAUUGUUUGCCCUCUUGAAUCUGACUUCUAUUUCAGUUUGGAGGGGAAAAAUAAGUACUGUACUGUGAAGUUGUGGCUUGCAAGAGGAUCUCGUAAGAAAUUUGUCAGGAUGAACAAAAGCCAAUUAGUGGCAACUUUUUCAAUCUUCCAUUGGUUUAUUACUUGUUUGGAUGAUAAAGUCUUUCUCUUCUCAGGGGACUAGAUAAGAAAGGAUGUUUAUCUGUUUCCAUUUUGCAAUACUAUUAUUUGCAAGCAGGAAGUAGGAAAUGUGUCCAAGUCAUGAUUGUAUGCCAAGAAAAUUAAAUCUCUGGCCACUAGGAAUAACUGAGCUAAAUUAAUUUUGCUUACUUUUUUGCAGUACAAUCAAUAUUAAUGUGAACUGCAGAGGUUAAAGCACUAAAAGGGGAAUGUAUUCUAGUUUUAUAAAAAUUACAUGUAACAAGAUUUGUGGUGAAGCUACAUCAGUCUAGUCUUUAAAUGAAAACUGAGGUCUGGUCAAUGCUGCUGACUAUAUAGAGGUUUUGCAUAUCAUUUGCAUAUCAUUUGCAAAUCUCAGUGAAUUAUACUUGCUGGUUCACAAUGGAGUUGGUUAUAUUGUUCUUAACCAUCUUCGUUAAAUUCUAAAAUUCUGAACUGACUUUGGAAAGCAAAUAUAAAGAAACCAAAAAAGCUGAUGUAAGAUACAAUGACUCUCCAUUUUAAAGUUGUUGUAUUUGGAUUCCUGUCUGAAAAUGCUGAAAAUUACCAUUGGUGGUAUAUUCUAAUACAAUUUCAGCCUGUUACUCAAAGUGGACAAUAAAUACGCCUUAUUCAAUAUAUUUUUGAGAAUAAGAACAUAAAAUUUAAAGGUCUUUGGAAUGAAGUGGUUAGGUUAUUAAAAUAAUACUAGUCUCCCUUAUUUUUAACAAUUUUCCCAUUUUUAUUUUCUUAAGGAGAAAAAGAUACAUAAAUAAAAUGUCCUUUGUAUGGUAACAUGGUUGUGAGUUACAUUGUCCUUUGUGUUUAAUAAACAUUUUUUUCAAAUGAAUAUUCAUAUUUAUCUUUAUAUUGUUAUAAAAUUACCUCUUGCAUGCAUACAGUUUAAAUGAAAGUUGAAAAUAUAUGCUGCCAAAAAGUUGAAGGGGGGCAGCCUUUUAAUACCAUCUUAUUUUGAUCUUAUAACAAAGUAUAAUAGUAUGCUUAGAGGAAUGAAGCACAACAGCUGGCUCUUCAUUUGGCGGGACUAAAAUUUUGAUCUGUCCAGUAGAACGUAUGAAUAUUGUUACUUUAUGUCCUCCAAAGGAGAUGAAAUAAAUUCUCAGAAUUUUCAGGAUAUCUAGACUUAAAAUUCUGGAAAUUAUAGGAAAAUCUACUUUUAGAAGAUAAAUCUAGUAUGUUAUGUAUUAUGAAUAAGCAAAUGACCUAAAAUAUUAAUAUUGUCUCAUGGGAAAUAAAUGUUUAUGGCUAAUCUGUAUAACUCUGCUAAACUUGGUUCUUAGUAUCUGACUAUCCUGCCUUGCUUAUUAUGGAUCUAUCAGUGAAUAAGAAAUGAGAGAAAAAAUUUACCUGAUACUUUUCUUUGAAGCAGUUUACUCAGUUCAUUUGAUUAGAAAACUAGAUAUACACAAACCUAUGGUUGGGCCAUGCUGUGCAAUGGGUGGUUGUGAUAAGUUAUCACUCUACUGAUAUACUAUUGAGGAAAUUAUGGCUAUAGUAUAUCUUAUCUUCUGCAAUGUUACAGAAACAGUUACCAUAUAUUUCCAGCUCAUGAUACAAACAGUUUAGCUUUUCACUAAUUUAAGUGAGUAUUGUAAAAAAAAUAAAUCACCAUUCAUUUCAUUAGAAUCUUGUAUUUGGUGCAAAAAUAACUUUGGUUUGUGCAUCUGUUGUACCCAUUUGAAGAACUCACCAGCAUGGGGGUUCUUCCUGAAGAUUGCCAUUUCUCACGACUCUGGGGUUUUUAACUAAAACAGCUAUGAAUUGAGAGCUCAAUUGCAAUAUUAAUCUAUCUGAUAUCUGCACAUUAGCUGUCUUGACAGCAACAUUAUUCAGAUAGAUUUUUUUCCUCUUUAGUUUUUUCUUUAAUUUUAAAAUAGUAUAAGUGAUGGUGGUAAUCUAAAUUGCCUGUUACAUUAUAUCUUUUCUUGGACAAUAUUGUUAACUAGUACCCAGGUCACAAUUUUAUUUGUAUUAUAAAAUAAAUAAAAAUAUGUUGCAAUAUUAAAUAUAGUUUACCUAAGCUACAUCUUUAAUAGAUGUUCCUAUAUCCAUUUAGGAUACUCAAGAAUAUAAUUAGCCACCAUACAAGUCUUUGAAAGAAACAUUGGGGUUGGGCUAGAAGACCUCCAAGGUCCCUUCUAACUGUUAUUCUGUUAACAUGAUGAUCUAGAACACUUGCCUUGCUUGAUUCAGUAGUUAUUCAUAAAUAUAUGAAAAAUUGGCAUUAGUAACAUCUGGUUUCAAGAAAAUGCUUCAUGGAAAACAAUUCAGAUGACAUUUACUACAGAUAUCCCUCUUUGCAAGCAGGAAUGCUUUUUAGGUUUAACAACAUGUUAAAUCAGCUGGCUAAAAGAUGUUUUGUGUUAAACUAGUAAUUCCACUGAUUAUGGAAAAUUAAAUAUUUUUAUUGUAUAUAUUUCUGAAGCAGGUUGUGUAGUGUUUUACUGAAUUUGUUUACAAUGUUGAAAUACACCAAUUUGUUAACAAGGUCAAUUUUCCCACUGAACUCUGCUACUGAAAUCAUCUGAAGUACAAAAUUCAUACUUGUAACAUAAAUCCAUGUAAAAAAUAUUUUGCCAGAACAUAUUUAUAUUUUGCUGAAAUUAUGAAUAUUCCUUUAAAAAUAUGAAACUUUAUUUCAUUAUUGUAUAUCGCAAUAUUAAAUCAGAAAAAAAAUGUUACUUUUAAAAACACACUACUGUAAUUCUUAAUCAGUGUGUAAUUAUCAAUGUGCAAUUCUAUGGCUUCAGAUAGUAAAUUAAAUAGUUUUUGUA